AAUUAGUAAGCAAAGCACUCCUGAUUGUUUUCUAUUAUUCUACCGGUUUUUUAGUAGUAUGUAUGUUUGUAAGCGUCGGUAUCGUUAAAAUGGCGGACGGAGAUAUAGAUCUUUACGCCGACGAUCUUGAACAAGAUUUUGCUCAGGAUGAAUUUACGGGUGAUGGUGUUGAUUUGUAUGAUGAUGUGAUAGCCACUUCGGCUGGUGGUAAUGGCGGCGUCACUGGCAACAACACUAGCAGUGGCAACGAUUCUGACACACCAAAUACUAUAAACGAAGAGACAAAUGGAAAUGCUCCUUAUCAUCAGCUCGGAAAUAACAUACAGCCAAACCAAAUCGGUCGUCGUCACCAACUCUAUAUUGGAAAUUUAACAUGGUGGACGAGUGAUCAAGAUAUCACUGAUGCCGUACAAAGUAUUGGUGUCUCCGACUUUGUUGAAGUGAAAUUUUUUGAAAAUCGUGCCAAUGGACAAUCAAAGGGUUUUUGUGUUGUAUCAUUAGGCUCCGAACAAAGUAUGCGUUAUUGUAUGGAAAGAUUACCCAAAAAAGAAUUGCAUGGUCAAAAUCCGGUCGUAACAUUUCCUACCAAACAAGCACUCAAUCAAUUUGAGUCACAGUGUAAAACACGACCGGCACCAGCACCACAACAGAAUUCAAGUCAAAGACCUCAUAAUCCACAUCAACAUCCAGCGCCUAUGGCACAACAUCAAGGACAUCCACCACAUUCGCAGCAUUCGCAACAAAACCAUGCACCAAGAAUGAUGAUGGGGCCACCGCAAGGAGGACCCCGGCCUCAACGAAUGCCACCACCAGGAAUGGGUCCAUCUGGGCCGGGAGGUCCAGGUCAACAAGGACCGCCACGAAUGCAUGGUCCACCUAUGGGAUCAGGACCUGGGGGUCCACCUCAUCAUAUGCCUGGGCAUCCUAAUCAGGGACCUCCUCCACCAGGGUAUCAACAGGGGCAUUGGAAUGGUCCGAGACCUAAUGGUCCACCUGGUCCUCCUCGAGGACCACCAGGAGGACCACAGCAACAAGGCUCUGGUCCUGGACCAGGACCAGGCCAACAUCGGCCACCUGGAAUGCAAUAUCAUGGAGGCCCCCCUGGGCUUCCUGGCCAAGGCCCACCCCGUGGUCCGCCUGGACAUAUUGGUGGUCCACCGGGUGACCCUCGUGGAGCUCCACCACGGCCAGAAUGGAAUCGACAACCAGGAGGAAUGCAUCAUGGACCUCAAGGUCCCCCAUCAUUUAAUCAGCAGCAUAUGCAAGGGCCACAGCCAGGCCAAGGUCCGCAAAGAGGUCCACCGAGUGGUAUUGGUGGUAUGAUGCCGGGGUCAGGCGGAGCACCUGGUCAUGGUGGUCCACCUCAAGGACCGCCAGGAGGUCCAGCUAAUAUGCACGUAAACCCUGCAUUUUUUCCACAAGGUCCUCAUCAACAACACCCAGGAGGUCCACCCCAUGGUCCACCUCAUGCUCCACCUCAUGGGCCUCCUCAUGGACCACCACACGGCCCCCCUCAUGUUCCACCUCAUGGCUACGGCCCACCUUCUGCUCCGCAGCCGUACGGAGCCUCGGGACCCGACCACCGACCAGAAGAACAACCUCAACUUCGUGAACAAGAAUUUGAAGUUAUAAUGGAUCGUAAUAGAACGGUAUCAUCGUCAGCUAUUGCUCGAGCAGUUUCUGAUGCUGCUGCUGGUGAAUAUGCAAGUGCCAUUGAAACACUUGUCACUGCAAUUUCUCUUAUCAAACAGUCCAAGGUCGCCAGUGAUGAUCGUUGUAAAAUUCUUAUUAGUUCACUACAAGAUACUUUGAGAGGUGUUGAAACUAAAAGUUAUGGAUCAGCAAGGAGAGAGCGGUCGAGAUCUCGAGAUAGAGAACGAAGUCACAGACGUCGCCGGGAACGUUCCAGAAGUCGAGAUCGGGAGUACCGAGAACGUAGCCGUGAUCGUGAUCGUGAUAGAGACAGGGAUCGCGAACGAGAACGUUACUAUACAGAGCCAUAUCCACGUGAAAGAUCUCGCAGCCGAGAGAGAGAACGCGAACGGGAUCGAGAGUACCGAGAACGUAGCAGAGAAGAAAGCUCAACUCGUCAAGCAGUAAGACCACGAGUGAAAGAAGAACCGCCUGAAACAGCACAAGUUGCAUCUUCCAAGCCUUCUAGGUAUUAUGAUGAUCGCUACAGAGAACGUGAUCGAGAAAGGGAUCGCGAGCGUGAAACAAGUCGAAGGCCGGUUGAACGUGAACGAGAGACUGAACGUGAAAGAGAACGUGGUGAACGCGAUCGUCGAGAGGAAAGAGGAGAUUCGUCUCAUCACUCGAGGCAUUGAUCAUCAACAUUCAUAAUAAUUUAUUACAUUUCACAUCUCUGAGAAGAAAAAAAAACUAAUACAGAAUAGAAAAAAAAUGAAAUACUUUAUUAAAAAAACAUAUUUUAAAAAAUUAAUCGCGAUAAUAAUAAUAAAAUUGAUCGUUAUUAAUAUAUAUAAUUUUCUUUUCUGUGGCAUCCAAAGAUUAAACAGAUUUAAUUCUUAAAAUGACGUUUUUUUUUUUUAGUUUCAAUUUCAACAAACUAUUCAAUCAACAAGAGAAAAUCUAAUAUUGAUGGUAUUGACGAACUUAAUUGGCAAAGUAAAUGAUGAUAAUUUGUGUGUGAAAAAAAUAUAUUGUAAUAGUAUUGUCAAGGCAUUCUCAUUGAUGUUUUCUUUUUAACCUUUUUUAUAUGCCAC